AUGAAAAUCCUGCAUUUUCUCACUUUACUGCUUUGGCAUUUGACUUGGCUGUCUCUGGAUCUAGUUCCUGGAGUGCUGAGUAAUUCUGAAGCAGGCCAGAGUAAUCCAGGAUCUAAACUAGGUUUGUUAAAAGCAGAAGGAAAAGAGAGGAAUCCCUCAGCGAGAACAGGUACGCUGCGGACUGGAAAUCAUGGAUAUAGUACUGGGACUUCAAAGGCUAGGACUAAAAGCAGUGCUGUUCAGGCUGGAGCUCUCCCGGCCAAGAAUGAUGAAUCAAAGAAGGUUCUCUCAAGAACAGCAGUCACGGAGGCAAAGGUAGGACAUCUCCCAGGCAGACCUUCUGGAGUAAGGACAGUGACUCCAAAGGUUCAAAAUCUUAGCAGCAAGGCAUCUUUGAAAAAAACUGGCACAAGCAGUACUGAUACUGGUUCUUACAAAACCAAAAAGACUAAAGAGCCUGUAACCCAAAGGGAAACUAAGGAAACUUUCAGACAUCCCCCUAUAACGCCACAUGAAUACAUGCUCUCUUUGUACAGGACUCUCUCCGAUGCAGAAAGAAAAGGUGUUAAUGGAAGUGUAAAACUGGAGGCUGGACUUGCCAAUACAAUAACCAGCUUUAUAGACAAAGGACAAGAUGAGCGAGCGCCAACCAUAAGGAAACAAAAAUAUAUUUUUGACAUCAGUGCAUUAGAAAAAGAUGGCUUGCUGGGAGCAGAGCUUCGAAUAUUAAGGAAAAAGCCUUCUGAUGCAUGGAAGUCUCAUUCUUCUGGAAAAACUUCCCAAGUGAAAUUAUUUAGUUGCUCCACAAACAGACAAGCAGCUACACUCCUGGAUUCUCGUACUAUCAGUGUCACAGAUACACCAAAAUGGGAAGUGUUUGACAUCUGGAAACUUUUUAGGAACUUUAAAAACUUGGUUAACUUGUGUUUUGAACUGGAAACUUUUGACAGAGGGAGAGCUGUUGAUCUCAGGAGUGUGGGUUUUAACAGAACAGGAAGACAGGUCAAUGAAAAGGCUCUCUUCUUGGUAUUUGGGAGGACAAAAAAGAGAGACUUGUUCUUCAAUGAAAUUAAAGCUAGAUCAGGCCAAGAUGACAAAACUGUUUAUGAGUACUUAUUCAAUCAGAGGCGGAAGAGAAGAGCUCCUCUAGCAACGCGGCAAGGGAAGAGGCCCAGCAAGAAUCUGAAAGCGAGGUGUAGCAGAAAAGCCCUCCAUGUGAAUUUUAAGGAUAUGGGCUGGGAUGACUGGAUCAUAGCCCCUCUAGAAUAUGAAGCAUAUCACUGUGAAGGGCUUUGUGAAUUCCCCCUUCGAUCCCAUUUGGAGCCCACCAAUCACGCAGUUAUCCAAACUUUAAUGAACUCAAUGGACCCAGAAUCUACGCCCCCAACUUGCUGUGUCCCAACUAGACUGAGUCCCAUUAGCAUUCUUUUCAUUGACUCUGCAAACAACGUAGUCUACAAGCAGUAUGAGGACAUGGUAGUGGAGUCAUGUGGUUGUAGGUAGCAGAACAGUUGCUCCCAUGACUAUGUUAUGAAAGGCAACAUGACAAACUGAACAUAACCUCUCCUCAAACAAGGUUAACUAAACUUCUUACCUCUAGGGUAAGUUUGUUUAUGAAGAUGUAGCAGUAAAUCCAGUGCUUCUGCAUGUUUCUUCACUGUGGGCAUAUUUCAGCAGUAUUUGGCUGCUGUCAUGCAGCCCAAUAUAAGGCCUUGCAUAGAGAAUCUGAUAGCAACACAAGACUGGCUCUAACUAAAGUCGGUGACAGAGGAAAUUAGACCUCUGCACCGCUAGAUCAUCUGCUUUUAUCCCAGAGGCAGUUGGUAAAGAUGGUAUCAGUGAGCUGUGGAUAUGAUCUGUUUGACUCUUUAAUAGUGUUCUUGAGCCUGAAUUUACAUCUGAGUCCCAUGUGCAUUGUCCAUUACACAACGUUAGAAAAGAGCCCUGAUGUCUAGAAGAGGAGGCUGGGUUCU